AUGCACAGAUAUUUAUUAAAUUACUCGUAUAUAGGAACGUAUUUCAGAGGUGUUCAAAAGAAUGUGCCUAAGUCUGAUAGAUAUAUAGUUGAUCAAAGUACUGUUCAAGGAGUUAUUGAACUUGCAUUGGGACGGUUUAAUAAUCAUGAUCCACCUGCAGUCUCCAUUUCCAGCAGGACUGAUACAGGUGUUCAUGCUCUGAAUACAACUUGCCACUUUGAUCUACCAAAAAUUUACAAUUGUCAUUACAUUACUGUUUGCCUGAACUCUUUUUUUCGUAAAGAGAACGAUCUGAUACGAGCUAUUAGAACAAGAUUAGUGCCACCAACUUUUCAUUGUAGAUUUAAUGCGCUGAGCAGGACUUACGUCUACAGAUUGGCUAUACUAAAACAAGAAUAUUCAUUAAAUAACUAUCGACCUACUAUUUUGCAAUAUUUUGUUGAAACACCCAUCGAAGAACAGAAUAGAUGUAUAUUUAUUCCGAAUCCCAAGUUUGAUGUAGAAGCCUUCCGCAAAGCAGCCAAAUUAUUUGAAGGCUAUCAUGAUUUUAGAACUUUCAUGACAACAUUGUCAAAAGGAUCUCCUCCAGUCCACACAUUGAGAUACAUACAUGAAGUCUCGAUAGAGAAAUCAACUAGCACCAGUUUGCCUUUCAAUAACGCUUCCAAUUAUUUUGACUACUGGGAUAUAAAGUUUAAGGGAAAGUCGUUUUUAUAUCGACAGCAACUCGCUGUAUAG